AGUUGAGGUUACUCUGAGAAGUUAAGGUUCAGUUGAAGAACAGGAGACCAACUGAAUACAAUUUUCGGAGCAAACUAAUCUGGAUACGAAAAACGGAUCAAGAGAUCAACACAACUGCUGUAUGAUAAAUUAAAAGAGCGAAGCUGCAAGGAAAUAAACUAACACUGAAACGUAGCUACACCAAUGGAGCAGAAAAGAUGAUUCACACAAAAAUGUAGCCAAAGUCUCCGCUUUUCUCCACACAAACACCAACACGGUCUGUGCUGCUCUCAGCAACCUCUUUUCCGUCAGACACAGCUCUCUCGCGGCCACGGACACAUGUGCCGAUCUAAAGGAACUGGAAGAAACAUCGUCAGUGUCAGGAACAUCAUUCCAUAAUGGCAGAAAUAUCUUCUGGUGGUUUGCAGAUGAAAAAUACUUUAUUUCCAAAAAGAAAGCAAAGAACAGAAGACAGCAAAUCUUUUACUUGCCCUCACUGUGAAAAGGGAUUUAAAAGAAAAGGACACCUUGUGGAGCACAUAAAAAUUCACUCUGGAGAGCACCCUUACCCAUGUCUUCAGUGUGGAAAGAGUUUUACUAGGAAAGGAAAACUUACAGACCACAUGAGCAUUCACACUGGAGUGUACCCACACAUUUGUCUUCAGUGUGGAAAUAGUUUCACUAGGAAAGAUAAACUUGCAAAUCACAUGAAGAUUCACACUGGAGAGCGGCCACACAUCUGUCUCCAGUGUGGAAAGUGUUUCAUUAGGAAAGAUAAACUCGCAGAACACAUGAACAUUCACAGUGGAGAGCGCCCAUACAUGUGUCUUCUGUGUGGAAAGUGUUUCACUCAAAAACCUAAUCUUGAUGCCCACAUGAAAAUUCACAGUGGAGAGCGGGCAUACCCAUGUCCUGAGUGUGAAAAGAGUUUCAUUACAAAAGCAUAUCUAAAGAGGCACAUGAGAGUUCACACUGGAGUGUGCCCAUACAUGUGUCUCCAGUGUGGAAAGUGUUUCACUCAAAAACGUAGUCUUGAUGCCCACAUGAAAAUUCACACUGGAGAGCAUCCAUUCCUAUGUCUUCAGUGUGAAAAGAGUUUCAUAACGAAAGGAGGUCUUAAGAAACACAUGAGAGUUCACACUGGAGAGCGCCCGUACAUGUGUCUCCAGUGUGGAAAGUGUUUCACUCAAAGAGCUUGUCUUGAUGCCCACAUGAAAAUUCACACUGGAGAGCGUCCAUUCCCAUGUCUUCAGUGUGAAAAGAGUUUCAUAGCGAAAGGAUAUCUUAAUGUCCACAUGAGAGUUCACACUCGAGAUGUGCAUUAAUCAUGUCCGAGGUCUGAAAAGUGUUUAAUGACAAAAGUAAGUCUUAUUGGGGUAGGGGUGUGUUUGUUUAGGUGAUUUCAAAUGUCAACAUUGGCUUUCAGAGAUCAUGCACCCUGCUUUUAAUAAGUGAGACGAAUUCCACAAUCCUUGUCCAGUCAAUCUAGGUAGAGAAGAAAUGUUUUAAUAUGACCAUUGGGCCUAUGUCGAAGCAGGUAAAUUAUGUUUAAAAAAUAAUCUUGUUUAAUUCAUGCAAUAAGUUGCGAACCAAACAAUAACUUUAAUUUUUGUGAAAUUAAAUUUUGGAUUUACCACACAUAGCCGUAGUUCACAGACAAGCUGGGCAAUGUUGAUAUUGCCUUACUUGUAAGUGAACUAUGGCUAGUAAAUACCACUCCCUCUGGCGAUUUACUACCAAUCAAGGAAUUGGCCUCACUGACGAGAUGCGCACGAUAAUCCCAUGCGAUAUAUCGUCCAGCCCUAAAAUAACAAUUGUACAAUUUUAUUCUACUUAGUUAAUAGUAAAUUGUUGUAAUAUGCUUAUGACUUGCAUUUCUAAAGGGCUUGUUAUAUUCAUGCAUAGGUCCUAAGGCGUAGGUUCUGCGUCGGUUUUCAUUUAACGGCUCAUUAUAGUCGUGCGUAGGUCCGCGUCGGUUUUUAUUUAUACUUUUGUGUCGUCGUCCGCGUCGACGUGCAAACACGCGCGCAGGCCGCUGGUAGGCAGUAACCACGUGUGUAACCACAGUAGCAGCGCGAACACCAAAGAAGAAGAAGCUUUGCAAGUUAAGCCACAAACGAAGAAGAAACAGCAACUUGUUGUGUAUAAUUUGAGAAGAACAGCAAUGAUGGAUGUAAAUAAACAGCGACUUUUGUUGCAGUUUAAGUUAAAUCACUCUUCAACUUGGCCAUUCCUUGUUUGCACCGUCGCAAAUGGAAAUACCUAUGACGCAGUUUUUUUUACCUGACGGGAGGGGUUCUGGUGGACCAAUCACAGCGCUUGUGGUCCGCGUAGAACUGACGCGCUGUUAAAUUUUGCGAGGUGCGCGUCAGGCUACGCACAGGCUACGGGUAGAACCUACACACAACUAUAAAUCGGGCUUUAUACUUUGCGUCGUCGUCCGUGUCGACGUGCAAACACGCGCGCAGGCGGCUGGUAGGCAGUAUCCACGCGUGUAACCACAGUAGCAGCGCGACUGUCAAAGAAGAAGCAGCUUGGGAAGUUAACCCACAAAC